AGACCACAUCACACAAAAUUUAUCAACAGAACUAUAUAGGUACAUGUGUCAAAGUAUAGUAGGAACUGAAGAUAAUGUAAAACAAAUCAGGUUAAUGAACGCUGUCAGGGAUGAUUUGUCUAUUCACAAUAAUGAGAUUAGUAUAACAAGUGGAAGUUAUGGGGAAGGACUUGAUAUGCGAGGCAGUGAUUUAGAUAUUAUGUAUGUUGUAAAACAUCUAAAGGUUUAUGAUGUAAAGCCCCGUUUAAAUCCAAAUUCAGCAUAUCUGCUAAUGGAUACAGACAAUGUAAAACCUGGAUUUACUCAGUUGAGACUAGACAGUAGAUGUACUUCUUAUUACAACUGUGUACAACUAGCUGAUAAGUAUUAUCUAUCAAGCUCAUUAUGGAAAGAAGACAUCCUGACCAAAAAUAUGGACUAUACAAUUCAUGGACCAUGUGUAUCUGACAAAGAUGGAUUAUAUGACUUUGCCGAAUGCUUACAUUGUAAAUCGUGGAUACCAUCUGCAGUACAAUGGAUAACGAGAUCUAACAACUCAUGGCCGAGCAAUAAUGUCAAACAAAGUAUCAUCAAACACGGUGUCCUUUUUGUACCAAUUGGGGCUAAGGGGUCAACAAAAGAGGAUUUAGAAUGGAGAAUAUCAUUUUCAAUCAGUGAAAAAUUUUUAGUGCAUACCUUUACUCACACCCAACUAUGUUGUUAUGCUCUAAUAAAAAUUCUUUUGAAAGAUGUAAUAGCUACUGACUCUGAAUGUAAAGAACUGCUCUGCUCUUAUUUCCUCAAAACAAUUCUUUUCUGGAUCUCUGAAGAACUACUACUAUCCUCAUGGAAACCUGACAAUCUUAUACCUUGUUUUAUGCAAUGUUUUGACAGAUUGAUUUAUUGCGUUGAGUAUUCAGUUUGUGUGCAUUACUUCAUUCCAGAAAACAAUAUGUUUGAGAAUAAAAUUGAGGGCCGUGCUCGUAAAAUACUUUUAGAAAAACUAUAUACAUUGCAUAAUUAUGGUUGGCGAUGCAUUUUAUUUUCAGAUCAAGUAUCCACUUUUUCUGCAUCAAUGCAGUAUUUCAACAUGGGACGCAACCUAUUGUAUAUAAAUGAUGUAGAGAAAUCAACGAGUUCCACUUUACUGCAAUUGGCAAAUAAUUCUUUUCGAGGGGUUUUCAAAAUAUUGCAUAGUUCUUCAUUUAUUAGAGAAAUACAAAAGACAGUUUCGUGCAAAAAAUCUUCAAUAAAAUACGUAUAUACAUAUUACAUGUCAAUGAUGAGUGCAGUGCGUGCCCAGUCUAUUCCACUUAACAGCGCAUACAAUAAUAAUAAAUACCAAUACCGACAGUGCAAAUCAUGUCUUUGUACUCUGCUAAAGAAUAUCUAUCAUGACGCUGUAUCUGGAUGGCUAAUGUUAGCUUCGUUCUUCUAUAAAACAAAACAGUAUACUAGAGCUGUACGAAUUAUAAUGGAUUGUAUUUCUAAAUGUACCUUUGAAAAACUCUACCCUUACAUAAAAAUGUCGGACAUUCAUCAUCGACUGUUCAAACUGAAAUCACUUCAGAAGAAGAGUAUUGUUCAUUUGUGGAAAUAUGUUCUUGUAGAUGAUAUAAGAUUUGAAGUACACUCUCUAUUAAUACCAGAUGAACUACUAAUAGAAGUGGAUUAUAACCCGCUCAGAAUUCCAUCUUCAGUUUAUGCUUGUUUCCUUUGUUUCCUUUGUCAUUAUAAUUUAAAUGAUGCCAGACAAUGUCGGGAUACCCUCCAGGUUCUACAACAUGUUAUAGAAUGCAAUUAUUUAAAUGCAGAUUUGGACGCAAAAGCUGCAGCCUAUAAUCUUCUUGGUGUUGCUUUACAGACUGUAGGCGAAAAUGAAACCGCACGACAAGCGUACUUACAAUCUGCUGAAUUACAUAUAGAUCCAACCGACAAUCCUGCCGUAAAGAGACUUAUUUUAUUGGAUUAAUUUGACUCUGUUAACAAAUUUCCAGUUAAGUUAUUAUUUUAAUGUUGCAUGUACACGUGAUAGUAGGCGAGUGCUACGAUCGAAGGAGAGUCUAAAGUUUAUGCUAUAUACUUUAUGCUUACACAAUAACAAAGAAUUCCAAUCUUUCAUUGUCGUUAAUUUCAUUAAUGCUGCAUAUCAAAUUUAGUUUAAACACGCUAUAAUAUAAUUUUCAAUUCAAAUUGUUUAUUCUGUGGUUUACAAGUUUAACACAGAAGCCAGUGUGACCAAAAGAUGUAGUCAACUCAUUUCCAAUUGUGAUCUUGGCUAUGAAAUAUUAUAUGCGUAUGAUUGGAUACCGCAAACUGAAGUUCAAUUACUAACUUAAAGUUUAAAAAUAUGCAGUAUCAUGAAAAAAUCAAUUCUUUCUCUAGGCAUUCCCAUUGGGAACCAACUGUGCUCCUCUUCCUGUCAACAUGUUUCUUCGUUUAUCCGAGGAUGAUUGCAUGCAGUUGUUAUUGAAGAAGAAUGAAUUGAAGCUAGCAUUAUCAUUAAACUUCACUUUCUGCUAUAUAGAUGAUGCACUUUUACUAAAUAAUUCAAAGUUUAGUGACUUUGUUGAACGCAUUCAUUCCUUCGAACUUGAAAUAAAGAAUGCAACAGAUA